AUGGCCGCCAACCCUGGAUUCCUGCGAUUUGCCAGCCCUGGCGAGCAGCGUUGCAUUGCUCGUGAGGUUCUUGGCCUGUACAACUGCGUUGUUGUCGGUGCCAUCUACACGUUGCCGAGCGACUUCGGGUCUCUUACCCAGCCUGAAGCCUUCUUCCAUCCGCUCAAGCGCUGCGUUCGAGAGCAUCCUUUUCUCAGCGUUAUUGUGCGCGAUAUACAAACAGACAAGCCUUUUUACGAGCAGAACCCCACUGUGCAGCUAUCCCAACAUGUCUCCCUCCUGGCCCCCAGCGAUCAAACUGUAACGCAUGCAAUUCAGGCAGCGCUUGCUCCAGAGCUUGAUCGUCCAUUCACAGACGGCAUACCUCCAUGGCGCAUCGUCGUGCUCCCUCUGAAAGAAAGAUCUUCUUGCUUCAUAGCAUUCGCCUACUCUCAUGUCCUUGGAGAUGGGGCAUCUGGGGCUGCCUUUCAUCGCACAUUCCUCAAGGCUUUAGCAGAAGGUGACAGCAGCAAGCCAGGCAAACCCUCAGAAACGGCCCCUGCGUCACUCAAACUACUUGCGCCUCCAUUCGAUACGCCUGCAAGGUUGCCCAUAUCUUGGGGGUUCCUCCUAGGACCGCUCAUCGCCAGCUUCUUACCAGCUUUCAUUGCGCGACUGUUUGGUAUACAUGAUGCGGCCUCGCACGUUGACGAUGAGACCUGGACUGGCGGUCCUAAUGCCCAGUGGGGAGGAAACCUGGCUACUAGAAUCAUGGUCAAGGAGAUCGAAGCCCCAGUAUUAGAGAACGCCCUACGAGCAGCAAGGGAUCACGACACUAAACUCACGGCCAUCCUACAGGCCCUCAUCGUCGGUGCCUUGAGCAAGGCUAUUCCGGAUCCCAAGAUUACAAAUUUUGUUUCACAGACUGUCCUCGAUAUGAGGCCUGCCGUUGGUAUUUCCGCUGACCAAAUGGGAAAUAUGACUUCUGCAGCCUAUCCAAUCUACCCUCGUUCCAGUUCUCCAAAGGGCACAUUCUCGGACAGCGACUGGGCUGUUGCACGGGACGCUACUAGAGAACUUGCAGAGAAUGCUUCGAGGCUACGGGACCAAGCCAUCGGCCUAUUACGAUUUGUCAUGAGCGUGCGGAUGUGGAUGCUAGGGAAACUCGGACAGCGACGUGAGUGCUCGUUCGAGCUCAGCAACCUUGGGGCGGUCGAAGUCGGCCAUUAUCAGGACGGGCCUGGGGCAAAAAUCACCAAGAUCAUAUUCUCGCAAACCGCAUCCGCUAUUAGCGUCCCGAUUAAUUUCAAUUUCUCGGCCGUAAAGGGUGGCGAGGGUCUCAUCUACACUAUAACUUGGCAGAAGGGUGCAUUGAACAUAGCCGAGCAAGAUGAAGAGGACUUUGUGGAAGGGCUGUGCCAGACUCUGUCACAAGGGCUUGAAAACCUACGAUAG